AUGGCUUCCAGCGGCAACGGGGCCGGCUCUUUGCCACCCAACUUCUUCCUCACCCCGCACCAGCAGAGCUUGCUCUUUGCCGCGCUCAAUGCCAACAAGCAGCCCAUCGCUCCCGCGGCGGCGGCCAAGAGCAUGCCGCUGCCUCGCCAUUCAUCUCAGGCUUCCCCGCUGCAGACCGCCGGAGGAGCUGGCUUCCAGGACGGCCCGUUUCUGGAUGAGUACGACUACGACUACGGCUUUGGCGCUUCCGGCUUCGACUUCCCCCAUGCCAGCCCAGGCGAUCCUCUGAAUCCGGCCGGGGAUGCGCCUGAUGCUCCUGAUGCUCCUGAAGCAGCCCAGUCCGAAUCCACCGAAAACGAGUCGCACGAGAAGAGAAGCCACCCCGACGGCGAGGACGACGACAGCAGCCCGGGCAAUGACUCCAAGAGACGGGAGAGCGCGGAAAAGAUUGCCAAAAAGCCCGGCCGUAAGCCGCUCACGUCAGAGCCCACAACUAAGCGCAAGGCACAGAACAGAGCCGCCCAACGGGCGUUUAGAGAACGCAAGGAGAAGCAUCUCAAGGACCUGGAGACCAAGGUCGAGGAGCUGGAAAAGGCCUCGGAGGCUGCCAACCAUGAGAAUACAAAGCUGCGGGUCCAGGUGGACCUUAUCACGGCUGAGCUGAACCAGUACAAACAGCGCCUGGCCGUUGCGACGCAAACCAAGCCUCCCUUUAAAGAGAAGCCGUCCCUCGGCAACGCCGCUCUGGUCAACCUCGGCGAUGUCAACUUUCAGUUUGAAUUUCCCAGGUUCGGCGCCCUCCCCGGGCCUCGGCCCUUUAGUCCCCUUCCGAAUGGGCAGAAGGACAGUCCCGGUCCCGGCCCCGGCCUGGGCGGCAAAGGCAGCCAGUCGCUGCCGUCAAAUCCGCUUCCGCCAAGCCGAAACGACUCGGCCCCGAAGCCUGCUGGCGCCUCCGCGCCCUCCAGGAGCGGCUCAGGCUCAACCCGCGCCGGCUCUCGCACCAGCCUCGACUCGGUCCCCUUUAGUGCUGGUGCUGGUGCUGGUGCUGCCGCCGCCGCCGCCGCCGCCGCCGCCACCAGCUCUCCGUCGGCAUCGUCCAACUCCCUCACCGGAGGGUCCACCUCGUCAUGCGGGACGUCCCCCGAGCCGUUUACGCAAUCCCCGCUGGGCUUCAAGCCCCUCGAGACGCUGACCACCAUUGGCGAAGAGCAGCCCAGCUCCGCGCCGCACGACCAGCCGUUUGCGCACUUUGCCAACGCGGCCGACAUGGCGAGCCCCAGCUUCGACUGGCUCGUGCAGCACAACGGCGGCGGCAGCUUCGACCCCCAGCUGUUCGGCGACUACCGAGAAUCGCAGGAAAGCGUCCUCGCCGGCAACCCUUCCUUUGACGACUUUUUGCUCAGCGACGGGCUCGACGCCGACUUCUUCACGCCCUUCAACACCGCGACCGCGCCCGCGCCCGCGCCCAAGAAGAGCCUCAUCGCCGAGAUUGACGCCGAGAUUGACGCCCAGCAAAGGGCCACGGAACAGCAUCUGGCCGCCGCGCCAAACGUGAGCUGCACGCAAAUAUUGGAGAAGCUGCGAGGCUGCCCCGUGGCGCAGAACAGCGACUUCGACCUGGACGGCCUGUGCGCCGAGCUCGCCAAAAAGGCAAAGUGCUCCGGCAGCGGGCCCGUCGUCGGCACGCACGACUUUGACUCCAUCCUCCACAAGUACGUGGGCAGCGACGCGGCAGUCAAGCAAGAAACGCCCAACGGAGCGGCGACACUGCCGUAG